AAGUAGUCUAGGAAGAGGGGGAGAUGGGGGAAGAGGUUUAGCAAAAGGAUGGGGGGAUGGAAGGCGAUAUAUAUAAGGGACGUUGGUCGAAUUUUAUACUUCGUCUGUCUUUGAAGAGUCCAGGAUGAAGGUCGCGGUUGUACUGCUCGUGGUGGUGGGUGUGGCUGCUGCCGACACCAAGGUCAUGUACCCAUACCAUCUUCCCCUGCUCACCUCUUCUUCCAUUGUACAGCCCCUGGCUACUGGUCUCACCUACACGCAUCAGUAUGCUGCUGUUCCAGUGGUCAGAAGUGUAGCCACUCCCUUGCAUUAUUCCGUCCCUGCCUCUUCGAACAUCAUCCCUGCCACCCAGUACGCCGUCCCUGCCACCCAGUAUGCUGUUCCUGCCGCCCAUUACGCCAUACCAGCUGUCAGUAACGUCAUUCCUGCCACCCAGUACUCCGCCCCAGUGGCCUCCAGCUCUGUGUACCAGAGAGCUUCCAUACUCACACCUACAUUCAUCAAGACGGACGCCGAAGACGACGACAGCGAUGAUAGCGACUCACUUGUAGCCACUGCCUAUGCAAGACUGAGUGACGAGGACGACGUGGUCGCCUCUCCUUACUUGGCCAUUGAGAGCGACCACUUGGACGUUGAUGACGACCGAAAAUAAACAAGAAAACGAUUCUAGUUUGCGAAUGGUUCAUGUUUGUGGUUGCGUUUCAAUCAUCUCGAUCCAACAGAGGAAUUUAGCCUUACAUAGUCCAUUCACACAGCGAAGGGUUUUUUUUUUUUAUUUAUAUAUGUUUUGAUAUUGCUGUCUUCAUCUGCAUGAUAUAAAAGCAAAAAGACAGGUUGUAAAACAAGGGUUUAUCCGAACAACGUUUCACUCUCCGUAGACCUUUAUUAAGUCAAAGCUUGAUGAUGACUCACACAGAGCGAAACGUUGACAGGAUGAAAGACCGUGUCAUAUUUUCAUACUUGUUGACAGCGCGACAUUUCCUCCACAUAUAAAGAGUACAGUGCUGAGGAUGACAUCUGAUGUGACAGUUGUAAUGAAGUUUGUUCUGCGUCAACUAUACAUGUGCUGCGCUGUAUUGAUUAUUGAAAUGUGUUUAUUAUCCGCCACUGACGUCACUUAUGAUUUAGAAUCAAAGAUCAGGACUAAACCAAGUUUUAAAGUUCAGAAUUUGUGACUUGAAUAAAGGUUUUCUAUUAACAACAA